UCAACAGUUGAAUAGGUCCCGCCCAUAAUGUGUGUAUACGGCAGCUGAUUGGCCAACGGCUACCAACGUUCUUCUCUCAGUUAAGAGACAUGGCUAUUACAGCUGAUCACAUCCGGGAUAAACUCAUUAAGGAGCUGGAGGCAGUCCACGUGGAUGUGGAGGAUACAUCACCCAACAGAUGUGCUGCCAGCUUCAAAGUCCUGGUGGUGUCGUCCAAGUUUGAGGGCAAACCACUGUUACAGAGACACAGGAUGGUGAAUAUGUGUCUAGUCGAGGAGCUGAAAGAGAUCCACGCUUUUGAACAGAAGACCCUCACACCAGAACAGUGGGAGAAACAGAAAUCACAAUGACACACACACACACACAUUGUUUCACACUCUUUCACACUCUCUACUAUAAAACCGGCCUUAUACUUCUCUGACAUGUAGAAAGAAUACAAGUGCUCUCUGUAAUUCAACAAUAUUGAUAUAAAUGCACUGGAAUGUUCUGGUGGCAAUAAAACUCUUGGACGCUGUA